GUCGGUAAAAACGAGCACCACAGACCGAGACACUCCGGAGCAGCACAGUCGACGCGAUCGAGUCCUUUGGAAUUUUGCCAUUUUACCAUCUGGAAGUGCCUGCUUCUAAUAAUCUACCAAAAGGAUGCCGAACUGGGGAGGAGGCAACAAGUGCACGGCGUGCCGCGGCACGGUGUACCACGCUGAGGAGGCGCAGUGCGACGGCAAGAGCUUCCACAAGGGCUGCUUUCUCUGCAUGGUGUGCAGGAAAGGCCUGGACAGCACCACGGUGACCAUUCACGACCAGGAGAUCUACUGCAGGUCGUGUUACGGCAAGAAAUACGGCCCAAAAGGCUACGGUUACGGGCAGGGGGCCGGCACGCUCAACAUGGACCGGGGGGAGCGGCUGGGGAUCAAACCAGAGCAGUCGCCGUGCCACAGGCCCACCACCAACCCCAACCCGUCCAAAUUCGCCCAGAAGUUUGCAGGAUCGGAGAAAUGCGCUCGCUGCGGCGAUCCCGUCUAUGCCGCGGAGAAGAUUAUGGGCGCGGGCAAGCCGUGGCACAAGAACUGCUUCCGCUGCGCCAAGUGCGGCAAGAGCCUCGAGUCCACCACCCAGACCGACAACGAAGGAGAAAUCUACUGCAAAGCUUGCUACGCCAAGAACUUCGGGCCAAAAGGAUUCGGCUUCGGCCAGGGAGCGGGCGCCCUGGUCCACGCCGAGUGACAACGCGGUCGCCGGCGCCCACUGCAUAUUCGCCUUUAAUCCUUUUGCAAUAAAACAAUACGCCCCUCGCAAAAGAUCACAUUUGACUGUAUUUUAUUAUUAAAGCCAUUAAAACUGAACC